GAGAAGGCCCCGGAGAAGAAGCAAAAGAGGGGCCGUGAGGCAGCCUCCACUGGCCCCCUGAUUGAAGACGCCGGCUCCCUGCCCUUAAGCCGCCCGGCGGAGGAACUUUGGAGGGAAGUGGCCCUCAAAGCCGGCCUUGAGCUGCCCCCCCCGCUCAUCUUCUGAGGCAACCAGCGCUGCUCUGGCCGCUGCUCUUCAGUCUGGGCUUCUGGUGCUGCAGGCUAAGGCCGCUAGGGAGGCCGGUCUGAAAGAGGCCAAGGUGAAAGCCGAUGCCGCCUUGUCCCAAGCCCGGGAAGCCGCCCGUCGUGCCGAGGCGGAGGCUGCGGCCAAGGAGAGGGAGCUCGCAGCUCUGCGGGCUGAAUCCCGCAGCCAGCUGGCCGGCCUUGAGAGAGCCGGCUUCAAGCUUGUUCCGGUGCUCCCCGUUGAGAAGGACGCCAAUCCAGAGUGGUUGGUUGACACCUCCGGCUAUAAGAACACCGGGGAGUUCAUGGACUCUGCCAGAGACUACUGCGACGGGGCCUUCGGCGACGUGUUUUCUGCGGCUCUGGUGAAGAUACCGCCCCGGCAACGUCUGGCCUGCGGCGUCCGGAUCCUCGAGAGCUCUCCUCUGUCCCACAAGUUCCUGUACGAGGUCGGCGACAGUACCUUUGCCGCUGGGUAUAAUGAAGGAGUUAAGGCCACUCUCCCCAUAUUCGCCAAGCUGCAGGGGGCUGACUUUGAUUUGGCCGCAAAUACUGAUGACGACCUGCUGAUCCAAGCUUUGGGGAAGCUAGGGAGGGACCGGUGUCGGGAAGAGGCCAAGGCCAGGGGAGAGAUUCCGGAGCCGCCGACCCCCGAGCCUGAAGUCGAGGAGGAAGAGCUGAACCAGGGAGGCAACCGGCCGGGGUCCCCUUUUCUUGUAUAAUACAACUUGUAAUUUCCCUGUUUUGAACUUGUAAUGCCCAGCCGUUAGAGCUGAAGAAUAUACAUACUUUUUGCCCAUAGUUGUCUCUACGUUCGUGAUUUUUUACUUUGCCCAUUAUUUUCCUUUGCCUCAUCGCCAAUUGUGUGGAACCUCCUUCGGGGCCUUGUUGUACUUUGAACCUUUUAAGAUAAAGUUAAAGUCCGUGAAGACGUUCAUACCGAUCCUCCGUUUGUUUAGCGCAAUAGGCGCCCCCUUGCCAUGCUCACGUACGUACUCGAAUGUGCGGGCGUACUGCGAGAGCUUGCCGCCUGGUGGCGAUACUUGACGCCGAUGUCCGCCUGCUGGCAAGGAGUGGAUUUCCCAAGUAUGAAGAUACGAACGUAUCAUCCGGCAUCCAUAUUCUGACAGCGGCGUCCACCUUAUAAGUGUGGGCGUAUGACUGACCAUUGCCUGUAGUCGAUUCCAAUUCCAUAAGACGUUCGUUGGUGGUUGCCUCUUUGGUCAGUGGUAAAUCUCUUAAGCAUGGAGAUACGAACGUACUUCCCCAGAACCAACGCUUAGUAGGGACGUUCGUCCGCAUGCGUAAGUGCCGUUCCGGGACCUCUCCAAUUUUUGUAGGGAGACGUUCGUCUGGCCUUCAUGAACAACGGCCGCAAAGUAUGGAAAGACGGACGUAGCCCGUUGGUGCGUACGUCUCCCUUAGCUGCCGAUUUCAGGCUCAGCCGGUGGUCGCGGUCUCUGGGCAUCUCUAGGUCCCUUGGAGCUGGUAAACUCCCCUGGCGGGACGUUCGUGGCAUUGAUCCGGAUUCCCUUGCCGUGAUUGUGAGGUGAUGAAAUCGAGGCACCUUUAAUACCGUGGUGGGUACCGGUAUCUAGGUGCCACGUGUCCCGCCUCGGUUGGCGCGAUUCCACGGUGCUGCCUAUAAGUACCCAGAAACCAUGUGAUCCAUUCACACUUCUCAUUACGCUGCACAAUUGCUUCCUCUCUCUAGAUUUCCUACAAGUCGUGUUGAGCCUCGAAACUUCCAAGGUACCGUUCGUUGCCAUGUCCUCUGAAACCCGUUUCGACGAUGGUUGUUCUUCUGGCGAUGACCUAGAGUAUUAUGAGCGGGGAAUGCCGCCCCGGCCUCCCCGUUACAGCCUUAGCUUCUCGUGCGUCCGGCGUCAAAAUCAACGCUUGACGAAUGCUGAUAAGCGUCUGAUCGGCCAAUGGUUUUAUCCCCUAAGGACCUACGAUGAUCGGCGCCUGCACAACCCCAUGCGUCAUCUGCCCGGCUAUGUGGUGGUCCAUUUGGAUUCGGUGAUAGCCGGGCUGAACUUCCCCUUGCACAGCUUCCACUUGGAGCUUUUCAGGGCUCUUGAGAUAGUGCCUGCGCAGUUCGGGUAUGCCAAGCGCAUAGCUGGACUCGGCAUCCAGAACCUCCGGUUGCUGGUGGCCGAGCCUUUUAAAGCUCGGGCUGGGUUAGGUGCGUCCGUUUGUACUUGUAUUGUUUUAUCAUCUCUUCGUUGUUACGGCUCUGAACGUCUUGGUUCCUUUUGUGCAGGAGUCUUCCCAUCUACGUCCACCAUGGGCCGUACCAACAAUGCUUCAACUGCCGCUGGUCGCGAACACAAGGACCAUAGCAUGCUGGAGAAGCCGCUCGUCCCCAAGGUCGAAUCCCGGAUGACCAGAGCGCGGGCUGAUGACACCUCUGGGGCCGGUGCUUCCAAGAGGCCGCGUGUUGAGAGUACUGCUUCCAAAGCCAUCAUAGUGGCCGAUGACUCUGAUGGGGAGCCCGGGAGUCCCCUCAAGCGGAAACCCACUUCUCGGAACAAGCCCCAUAUUUCUCCCCCGCGGAAUUCUGACGUUCGUCGCCUUCGGGAUGAGGAUGUCCAGACUACCAAGAGUUCUGACGACGCUCGUCCUACUUCGCCCCCAGAAACCAAUGGGUCCUCCCUUGGCCUGAUUGAGUUUUCCGGGGUUGGUCCCCGCAAGGAGUCGAUGAUGCUCUUUGGUCAGACAACGUCUUCUAUUUGGUGCGGCCUCAACCUCAAGGUUCCCUCAGGACUUCGCCGCUCAGGAGGCCCCUGAAGAUCUCUUGGAGUGUGGUCAGAGCACUCUGGAUAAGGCCGGGCUCUACUUCCACAGGGCUCGGAUGGCUUUCGAGCAUCAGGGUAGGGAGAUGGCCAGAGUACGGGCCGAAUGUGAUGCCCUUCUGAGGAAUGCCAAAGGCAGGGCUGGAUCUCUCCAAGAGAAGGCCGAUGCCUAUUGACAUUCAUGUAAUUUCCAUGUGUAAAUUUGUGUUUUUAAUUAGUUUAGAAUGAGUGUUACUUCGGAAAUUACACACUUUUGGUGUAAUAGUUUAGUUUGUAAAAUAUUUGUAAUAUGUUUAGAUUAGGUUUAUUCUGAGCUCAAACAGGUCCAAGAACACUUUGGGGACCAUUGGUGAACACCACAAGUGGAAGGAAAGUGCAAAAAUGCAAAACAAAAAGUGGAGAUUUCGUUUUUGGUCUGUACCCGGUCGGGUAUGACCUAUACCCGAUCGGGUACCCUUCUAAAAAAUCAAAUCGGAUCAACCCGGGAACCGAGCAACAUGCGGGAAAGAUUUUGGCCAUGUUCGAUUGUCAUACCCGAUCGGGUGACCGACAGACCCGAUCGGGUAUGACCCUAUUUUUCAGUUUCUGGGCAAUUUCCUAAGAUACCCGAUCGGGUAUCCUAUAUACCCGAUCGGGUACACAGCCCUGCAGCUCCCAAAAGCCUAUAAAUACACCCCAUUUCCUUCCCAUAAAAGUACCAAUUCACAUAUACUUCUUAGCUCAGUUUAGACAAGUUCUUUCUUUAUAUUUUUCAUCAUGUUUAGUCUCCAAAUGAGGAGCUAAACUCUUCCAUCUUGGUUUUGCUACUUUGAAGCUUAAUGAAUUUGUAAGUUGUGAGUUAUUAUCUUUAAUCUUCUUCCUUGAAUAUUAAUUCUUUCUUUAAAUACUAUUUCUAUAUCAAUGUUGGGGAGUGUUACUAAGAUGACAAUUAGUUAACAUCUUGACAUUAGUUAUAGUAAUAGUUAUUUCUUCCUCUACGUUAAUAUCGGGGAGUGUUACUAAGAUGACAAUUAGUUAACAUCUUGAUAUUAACUAUAGUAGGAUUCAUCUUCUUUAUUAUUCUUCCUUGAGUAUUAAUUAAUUCCUAUUCAUAUUUCAUAUUAAUAUUUUGAACAUUACUUAAAGGAUCAACUAGUUUUGUAUCAUAUAUUAAUUAUUACUAGAAUCGGUCGAUUAAUACGCUUGUUAUUAAUUCGGUCCUUUCGCGGUAGUAAACUUGGGUUAUUAAUGCAUGCGUUUCAUGGUUAAUAAACCAAGGGGAAUUAAUUAUAUUGAUUAAACCAAUAAACCGCUUGUGUUGAGGUUAUCAAUCUCAAUCGUUUUCAUCUUGAUUUUAUUGCUACUAUCGAGUGAAUAUACGGCGCGUGUUCUAUAUUAACUCGGUAGUAAAUUUUAUUAAUGAACGCGUCUCGUUAUUAAUAACUACCCUCGAUGAAUUGGAUAUACUCCUCGAUUGAGUAUUCGAGAGGAAGAUAGUUAAAGAUAUAACCGGGAUCGACGAACAUUUCAUUAAGUGGAUAAAAGCAAAGCCAAGUCUUCUUCUCAUUAAUUAAACCACAUAAAUCGUUCAUCUUCGUAUUUAAAUAUAAUUUAAAGUUCAUCAAUCAAAUAUAAACCCCCCUUAUUGUUACUUAUCUAUUUCUGUAAGAAGAAAAGUAUUCCUUUCCCUGUGGAUACGAACCUUACUACACUAUACUACGUAUUAGUGUCGUAUUGUAUUAUUACUUUGAGUGCACCUCACGACAAAGUGCACGUCAAAUUUGGCGCCGUUGCCGGGGAAAGGCAAUUAUUUUUCUUUUUAUUUUUUUUCAAAAAAAAAAAAAAUUAAUUAAAUAAAAAAAAAAUAUAAACAGUUCUUAUUUUCUAUUUCUGAGCUUUGUUUGAGUAUAUGGUUAAACACCGAUCUAUAAACCAAAUCACCUACCAAACAAAGCCCGAAACAGAACAAGCCUUCGAGAGGUUUAGGAAUUUAUUUCCGAAUACUUCUUCGGAGGAAUCAUCAAGUGCUAGUUCUUAUUCCAGCGAGAACGAAGAGCCAAUCACUAUGGCUCAAGAAACAAGAACGUUGAGGGAGCUCACGGCUCCUAACUUAAAUCAACAACCUCUAUGUAUCACCUUCCCCACUCUUGAUGAAGGUGCUACAUUUGAACUCAAGUCGGGCCUCAUUCAUCUACUCCCUUCAUUUCAUGGCCUAAGGGGCGAAGAUGCAAACAAACACCUUGCGGAGUUUCAUAUAGUUUGCACUAGUAUGAAACCAAAUAAUGUCACUGAAGAACAGAUCAAGCUGAGGGCCUUUCCAUUCUCACUGAAAGACACGGC